AUUUCAUCUUGAAAAAGUUAUUAAAUCGAUUCACUGGUGUAUAUAAUUGUUGUACUAAGGAAAAAGGAAAUCAUGCGUCUGUUUUGCUCUAGCCACAUAUGACGCAGGCGCGUGUACACAGGUUUUCGGGGUCGAACCUUCCCUCAAGCAUUUUUUUUUUGUAGGCGAGCAUGAUUUGACCCCACCCCCUAUACAUUUUUAUUUAUCUGUAGGGUGAAUAAUACAUUUCUAGAGCACACUGAUUUUUUAAUUAUCGGUUGUUGGAUAUCAAAAUUUAGAUUUUGACAGUCAGAGUAUUAGAGGAAACCAGGUACAUUCAUCCAUUAGUAGCAUGUGAUUUGUUAUUUCCACCACCACGAGAAAAAGAGUAAUGGGUGCAAUAAUUCAUUUGCCCCCAACACACAAAAUAAUUUUAUGGGUCAAUGCAACUUUCUACCAAAUAUACUUGGAAAUCAUUUAGUCCAAAUUCCAAACUUUUCUUCUGCAAAUAUCUGGCAAAAUUGUGAUAACUAUUUUUCAUCUGUCAAAAAAGGGUGGUUGCUGACACUGCAUUUGUACUCUAACACCAUGACAAAAUAUAAAAAAACCAAAGAAAUGAAUUAUUAUUUACUUCUUUCAAUGUAUUCCAAUAAACAGUAUUAUUAGGCAUUUAAACAUUAAAUAUUUCAAGACAGUAACAGGUUACAUGAAUGAAACAAAUUCAUGUAAAGCAAGAGUAUAAAAAAACAAAAUCAAAACACAAGAAAAUAUUUCACAAAAUACAGCAGUGUACUCUAUUACACAGUGCUGUAUGUUUAAGGAAGAUAUUGUAAUUACUGUUCAUCUCUAUAGAUUAAGUGACUGAUUACCUGUCAGUGGAAACAACAGCACUUAGUUAAUUUAAUCACAAUAUGGGUGGGGGUUAGUGGUGGAGCAAGUAAAAAAAUAACAGAAGGUAAUGCAGAUAAAUGAGAAUUUAGCAAAUUGACUGCUCAACAUUGUUAAUGGGAUUUUUUUUUGUUAUGUAUUUUGAUUAUAACAUUGAAGAAUACAAUUAGAAAAAUAAACCCUCUCAUAUUGAUGAAAAAUAAAAGUAAAAUCAGUCCAUUCAGUUGGAAGACAAGAUAAAAAAUGGAAUUUUUUGGCAUUAAUUUAAAGUUUAAAACUAAAGAUGUUCUAGUAUUUAGAUUUAUAUUCAAACUACUUGUAUAUAACAUUUCAACUCCUGUACCAAAGGCUGUGGUAUGUAAUAUCAAGCCUGUGAAAAAAAUAAGAAUCAGGUAUGACGUACAGUACAUUUAUUCAACACCACACCAUACCACCACCUCACAACCUCUGUGCUGAUUUAGUCAUUGCUAGUUCAUUUUAUCUUCCUUUUGUUUUCACUUUUUAGUAAUAUAUUUAUAGUGCAUUAUUUUUUUUAUGACCAGGUGUCCAUUUGAUUUAUAUGUGAAUAUAUGUGUUGGUGGUUCGUGGAUUAAUCUUUCCCACACAUAAGGCUCAUGUUUGAGUUCACUCUUCCUAUAAUUGGUUAUGCAAUUUGAAAAUGAAAUAAACACACUAUACAAUUCAAAUAUGAUUUCAGCAUGAGGAAUGCCAGUAAUCAUUUUGCUAUUUUUAGGGUUGAAUGCUGUAUGAAAUAACAAUUACCAAUUCAAUUAUUAUUUAUUUCCUUAUUUUGACAUGUUGCAGCCUUACAAAAUAAACUGGUGUAAACAUGGUUCAAUGGCGGCAACAGUAAGGAGUCUGUGAACAAAGGAAACCAGUUCGUGAUACGCACAUGGAAUUCUCUAUAACGGGUUGAAAAACAACAACAAAUGGUGCCGUCUGGUUGGUGUGUUUCCUCAGAAUUUGCAGGAACAUUUUUAUAAAGGCAGUUUGCUGUACGGAAAGUGUUAUUUCGUUGGAAUGGCAAAACAAGAAUCUAAUAAAGUCGACUCAGAAGGUACCGGCAAGAUGGCUACCGAACAUGAUGGCAUAGUGACGACCGAAGAUGACGGCAUGAUGACGACCAACGAUGACGUAAGCGUGACGUAUGAAUCCGACGGAGGCCAAGGGGUUCGCUUACAGAGGAACGUCGGCCUCGUCAGCGGCACCGCUCUCAUCGUGGGAACCAUGAUAGGUUCUGGUAUUUUCGUAUCACCAAAAGGAGUACUAGUAGGCGCUGGCUCCGUCGCUAUGAGUUUGGUCAUUUGGGGAGCAUGUGGCAUAUUGGCCAUGUUCGGCGCUCUGGUGUACGCAGAACUAGGAACAGCCAUUCCAAAAUCGGGCGGUGAGCAUGCGUACUUGAUGUACGUGUUCGGACCAAUGCACAAGGUGUGGGGUCCUGUGCCCACGUUCCUCUUCGAUUGGCUGGGCGUGUUCAUUAUACGCCCCGCCCAGUUCGCGGUGAUGGCCCUCAGUCUUGGCACCUACGCCACGCAGCCGUUUUAUGGCCAGUGUGAGGCGCCACUGUCAACGAAAAAAAUAGCCACGAUGCUAGCCCUGAUUGUCAUUACGUUCAUCAACUGCUGGAGUGUUAAAGCUGCGACCAAAGUGCAGACGUUUUUGACGGCCAGUAAACUUCUGGUCAUCGUCAUCAUUACAGUAGGAGGGAUCUACAUGAUGGCGGCAGGAAGUGUGGCGUAUAUCUCAGAAGGGUUCGAGGACACCAAGGAAAAUCCUACCUAUUGGGCCAUGGCCUUCUACAACGGCCUGUGGGCAUAUGAUGGAUGGAAUAAUCUCAACUUUGUCACAGAGGAGCUAAAGAAUGUCAAAAGGAAUCUCCCGCUAGCCAUAUUAAUCGGAAUUCCCCUGACCACCAUCUGCUAUCUCCUCGUCAACAUCGGCUACUUCAGCGUCAUCUCCAAAGAGGAAAUGCUUUUAUCAGAGGCUGUGGCCAUGAUGUGGGGACGGAAGGUAAUUGGUGUUAUGUCUUGGAUCAUUCCAAUUUUUGUCGUCAUGUCAUGUUUUGGGUCUUCCAAUGGAUCGCUUUUUGCCAGUGGCAGGUUAUCGUAUGCAGCAGCCAGAGAAGGUCACCUGGUUCAGGUUUUGUCGUUUAUCGAUGUGAAGAGAUGUACCCCAGUACCAUCAUUAAUAUUUACUGCCAUCAUGGCAGCCAUUUUGAUUUUGCCGGCAGAUCUGAGCAGUUUGAUUGGUGUGUUUGGCUUCACUGCCUGGAUCUUCUAUGGUCUGACUGCCGUUGCCCUGCUGGUCCUUCGCCGAACAGAACCCGACCUGCCCAGACCAUACAAGGUUCCCAUAGUAAUCCCAAUAAUUGUCGUGUUGGCGUCACUGUAUCUGAUCAUCAUGCCGAUAGCCCAGGAACCUCAGAUUGGCUUUCUCUAUGUGCUUCUGUUUAUUGCCAGUGGACUCUGCGUCUAUUUCCCAUUCGUCUAUUACAAAGUCCAUAUACACUGGAUGGAUACCGUAACCAAAUAUAUUCAGAUUUUUUUACAAGUGGUGCCCCCUGCUGUCCAAGAGAAAAGAUCAUGAAAAACAAAUCUCUUCUGGGGGUUUUCAACUUGUAUUAAGGCUAACGACUGUGAACUGAAGAGUCUCGUUUAUCUGGAAAGUGUAUUUUUAUAAAGUUGUCCGGAUUACGGAAAUUCAGUAUUACUGAAUUUUGUAAAAACAACAACAAAAAACAAACAAAAAACUAAAUGUGUUGUUUUUUUUUUUUUUUUAAACACCCACCAAGAACAGUUGAGCAGGAAUGACUAGAGACAAUACUCAUGAGCAAACGUUUCAUGCAACGCAGAACAAAGAAUUUUUUUAUGGAAGUCCGUCGCAAAUGGUCUGCAUCAGAUCGGGGACAGAUCGGAAAAGUUGAAACCUGUUUUAAUUUUGUAGACCCGUCGGUUUCUGUCAGUCUGCUUUGAUUUACGACCAUUGCAGAGUUUAUGGAAACCAGUUUGAAAGUGAUCAGACAAAAUGUCUUUCAAUUUAGUUUUUAAAAAAACCAACAGAAUGAAAGGAAGAACAAAUGCAGAGUGUUGUUUUGUGUGUCUGUAUUUAAGCCAUGGAAUAAUGGCCUGAAACCAAUACUUAACAGUGGAAGCUAUCAAAACGAGGAUGUAUCGUAGUGAGAACGUAAUACCGCCAACCCCUUCCUCUUCCAGUUAAAGGUCCCAUCCACUGGUUGUGUUGUGUGUGGAGACCUGCAGUUUAUAAUAUUAUCACAAUUUUAUACAGCCAGCAUUUGUGACAGCAACACAAACAAUAUAUAUUUCAACGCAAACGUAUAUACAUGUACAUUACAGGGCCUACUACAAUUUAAGUUUCAUUAGAUAUCAUUUUUGCGAAACGAUUCAACUUCAUUCAUGUGUCCGGUAUUACUUUUGUUUGGUGAGAAGUUUCGUAAAAAUGAGAAACGAGUGUAUUUGAUUUAUUACCACCUUAAAAGAAUGCAAUAUUUAUCACAAAAAUCUGCAGACAUAUUUUGGUUUACAAUUGCGGUAGUCCCCUUACCCCCCCCCCCCCCCGCCACCCCCACCCCACCCACAACGACUUCGACGGUUGUGGAGGUAGACCGAUAUCACAGCCUAUAUGCAUUAUAUUUACAGUUUAACCAAGUGAUGGAAGCAUGUAGCAAACUGAUUUAUCAUACAAACAAACUGAUUUAUCAUGCAACCGUGUCUCCUAUUGACCUGAUAACCCCUACCUGAUACGUCGAAGUGUUAUCAUGUCACUAGGAAAUGAGUUGUGCGCAUGACGGGUGUUUGCUCAAUUUUCAGGUAGAUCGUUUUCUCAUUUUUCAAACAUCCAUUUA